AAUUAUAAUAUUAUGUCAAUUAUGUAUUUAUGUUUCAGUUUUGCAUCCAAUCCAUCGUCUAAGAUAAAGAAAACUUUUAAGCCAAUUCGGCAGUUCAAUAGGACAAUAUUAAUAUUGGGUGUGAUGUGGGUGCCGAAGUGGUAAUGUCCGCGGCCGCUGAGUCGCUGCCGGCGUCGAGUGCGCGCACGCACGCGGCCGGCUCGCAGGCACGCCGCCCGCCCGGCAAGCACAUCGUGCAUUGGUUCCGGAAGGGCCUCCGCUUGCACGACAACCCCGCGCUCAGAGAGGGACUUGUCGAUGCGGUCACAUUCCGAUGUGUUUUCCUUAUUGAUCCUUGGUUUGCAAGCUCGUCCAAUGUCGGCAUUAAUAAAUGGAGAUUCCUUCUGCAAUGUCUGGAGGACUUGGACAAGAGUCUGAAGAAAUUGAAUUCACGGUUGUUCGUGGUUAGAGGACAGCCUGCAGAUGCGCUCCCCAAACUGUUCCGGGAAUGGGGCACAACGGCACUCACUUUCGAAGAAGACCCCGAGCCAUACGGGCGCGUGCGGGAUCACAAUAUCAUGUCAAAGUGUCGAGAGGUCGGCAUUACGGUUAUAUCGCGCGUUUCGCACACCCUGUAUAAAUUGGACAACAUUAUAGAGCGCAACGGUGGUAAAGCGCCACUAACGUACCACCAGUUCCAGGCGUUGAUCGCCAGCAUGCCGCCGCCGCCGGCCGCCGAGCCGCCGAUCUCGGCGCAGACGCUCAACGGCGCCGCCACGCCCGUCGCCGACGACCACGACGACCGCUUCGGCGUGCCCACGCUCGAAGAACUCGGUUUUGAAACGGAAAAUCUGAAGCCUCCAAUAUGGAUCGGAGGUGAAAGUGAGGCGCUAGCUAGGCUGGAAAGACAUCUAGAAAGAAAGGCUUGGGUGGCCUCGUUUGGACGACCCAAAAUGACCCCGCAAUCUCUGUUGGCAAGUCAGACGGGAUUGUCUCCGUACUUAAGAUUCGGUUGCUUGUCGACGAGAUUAUUUUAUUAUCAGUUAACAGAAUUGUAUAAACGCAUAAAACGGGUGAGACCACCGUUAUCCCUCCACGGACAAAUCUUGUGGAGAGAGUUCUUCUAUUGCGCCGCGACUCGGAAUCCUAAUUUCGAUCGAAUGGAAGGAAAUCCCAUAUGCGUGCAAAUACCUUGGGAGAAAAACCAAGAGGCACUCGCCAAGUGGGCUAAUGGCCAAACAGGGUUCCCUUGGAUAGACGCCAUAAUGGUGCAGUUGAGGGAGGAGGGUUGGAUCCAUCACUUGGCGAGGCAUGCCGUCGCGUGCUUUCUCACCAGAGGAGAUCUUUGGAUUUCAUGGGAAGAGGGCAUGAAGGUAUUCGACGAGCUUCUACUAGACGCGGACUGGUCGGUGAAUGCGGGUAUGUGGAUGUGGCUGUCCUGUUCGUCGUUCUUCCAGCAGUUCUUCCACUGCUACUGCCCCGUGCGAUUCGGAAGGAAGACUGACCCUAACGGAGAUUUCAUCAGGCGGUACAUCCCCGCACUGAAGAACAUGCCGACGCGGUACAUCCACGAGCCGUGGGUUGCGCCGGAGUCGGUGCAGCAGUCGGCGCGCUGCGUCAUCGGCUCCGACUAUCCAAUGCCCAUGGUGGACCACUGCAAGGCCUCGCAGAUCAACAUCGAGCGCAUCAAACAAGUCUACGCACAACUCGCUAAAUACAAACCACAAGGCACUUUGAACCCGCAAGCGGUACAACGGCCCAAUGUGAUGCAGUCGUCGCCCAGUCCGACGUCAAUCAUUAGAAGCAUAAACCAGUCAAACUAUCUCUGCAGCCAAACACCGGAUCCCACGCAACAGUCUACAAACCAAAAUACUUACAAAGACCAGUCAACCGUAUUCCAACGACCCACUAAAACAUUCAAGAGCCCGGACAGCCCUCAAUUCUAAAACAAGUUGUUAGUAGUCCAACAAACGCAAAACACAGAUAAUCCAUCGGAAAAUUCUGACUGCACAACAAGACCGUCAGAAAAUGCUAUAGUCAGUGAUCGACAAGAUAUUGUAUAUAAAUCUCAUCAAAGUAGACAUUUACAAUCUGGAGGCAAACAGGAAAAUUAUGACUAUAAAAAUUAUAAUAUUGACCAUAUAUCAGGUUAUGAUAAUCAGGAUAUGUAUCAGAGCCAACAAAUUAACCAAAAUGAACUGUACAGUCAACAAGAUAUUAAAAUCGAUACCUAUGAUUAUAAUAAAUCCAAAUAUUAUCUAUCCAACUAUGCAGAAAAUAACGUUCUCGUGUCGAGCGCGACGCCGACAUUCAUAACGCCUUCUAUGAAUCAUCAGUCAAAUAUGAAUUACAACAGAGAAGGUAAGAACAAAAGCAAAAAUAACAAAUCUUCAGAUGCAGUGUUUCUACAUCCAUUAAGUGUUGUGUCAGACCGGAUGUAUUCUGGAGACAAUCGACAAACACAAUCCUCCAAUGAAUGUGAAUACAGCUCUGCUAGUGAUGAUAAUCAAAAGUAAAUGCCAAUUUCUGUAAAUCACGCGGAACGUCUAUUGACAGCAACAUGAUAUUGUAAAAAAGAAACAUAAUAUUAUAGAUUUUCAUCAAAGAAAAAAAUCACAGAAUCUAUAGUAUUUCGUAUUAAUGUUAGCUGCCAUUAACAUAAAGGAAGACUUCUGCUUGUGUUGAUAUGACAAUAAAGACCAGCAAACAAUGUAAAUCUAUCGGAAGUAUAUAACAUAAUAUAGAAGAACUUUUAGCAAAUAAAAAACAAAUUAGUUAUUUGUAAGUUCUUCAAUAUGUAAUGAAUGGUGCGUCGUGUUUGGUGAUAGGGAUUACAAUUAUUAUUUAGUAUAUAACCAAAUAAAAUCCAGUCCAUGACUUGAUAUCUCAGCAAGAUUAGCCUGUAGUAUUGUCGAUGGCAUGUAGGCAUCAGCACGAUUGUAUAUUUUAUAAUAAUAAGCAACAUAUAAUUGUCUUUCAAUAGUUUAAUGUUAUUAAUUAAAAGAAUUUACGAUAAUAUUAAGAUUAGUUAUUUGUUAGAAUUUGAACUGGAUAUAACUGUUGUAAUUAUUAUGUAAUUCAGAAGUUUUAGGAGUAAGCUACAUUAAUAAAUGUUUGUACACAGUUUCUUUCAA